AUGUUGGUUAAUCAAUGUGCACUAUUGUAUGAAUUUUUUGAUAAAAAUUUAUCCGGUUCCUUCAGAAUACAAAUAUUAAGUUUAUCGUACAGCGACAGAUAUCCUAAUAAAAAUUAUUCAUUCAAUACUUCAAAACGUUUUUUCCUGUAUUCAUUAAAUAAUAUAUCAACAUUGUUCUUUAGUCGAAGUUGCUCAAGUAGACAAAUCGAAAUUAGUCUAUUAAAAAGUCAAAAUAAAGAUAAUAAACAGAAAACUAAAUGGAGUCAAACUAAAUUUCUCAAAGAUGUUAAUUUAUACAGUUUAUUAUUACUUUCUUUUCCUGUAAUAUCAUUUGGACUUGGUAUAUGGCAAUUAAAAAGAAGAAAAUGGAAGUUAGAUUUAAUUCGUGCUGUCCAAGAGAAAUUUCAUAAACCAGCGGUUGGAAUACCAGAGAAUUUGAACGAUUUAGCAUUGUUAGAAUAUCACCCAAUUAAAGUGAGUGGUGAAUUUCUAUACAACAAUGAAUUUGUUAUUGGUCCAAGAACUUUAAUUAUCAAUGGACAACCAGCAAGCGAAAUAAGGCAAAAUUUGAUACCACAUAAUGAAGUUAAUAAAGGAUAUAAUAUUAUUACCCCUUUUAAAGUUAAGGAUAGAGAAUUGAUUAUUCUUGUAAAUAGAGGAUGGAUACCAAAUUAUUAUAAUAGUUCAAGUGAAAGAAAAAAGUUUCAAAUACAAGGAUCUGUAGAAAUAAUUGGAAUCAAUAGAUUAACUGAAAGCAAGCCACAAUUUGUAUUUAAAAAUAUACCUGAACAAGGAAUAUGGACUUUCAGGGAUGUUAUUGAAAUGGCAAAAUUUGCUAAAACUCAACCAGUGUACUUAGAAAUGACUCAAUCUAAUAAUGAAUUAGAAAUGCCUAUAGGAUCACAAACUAGAAUAAAUUUUAGAAAUGAACACACAAGUUAUAUUGUAACAUGGUUUACAUUAUCAAUAUGUACUGCAUAUUUUUGGUACACUAGUUUUAUAAGAAAAAAGCCUAUUCUGUAA